CCUGCCCACCACUGGUGUUUACUGUUUUGUAUCGUUAGAUUCGGCCAUGUGCUGCUGAGAGGAAGUUUGUUUUUGUGUAUGCUUGCGUUAUUGUUGUGGACAGGAACAAUAGUUUAUCUGAUUUACGCUAUCCUUUUUCCUCACAAUGGAUCCAGACCAGUCUGAUGAUGGCUUUGAUUUUGAGGAAGAAGCCCAACCGUGUACAAGACUUACAGACGGCAUAAAUCUCCAAGAACUGAUAAGUAACUCCUCUGCAACAUUUGAGGUAAACACGAGUAGUGAAGCUGCACUUGAAGAGAGUUAUGGAAGUUACUUCAGUGAAAAAGAUGUACUGGACUAUGUCAAUUUAGACUGUGUUGAUGCCGGUUCAGAUGAUGAAACAAUAGGGCAAGGAGCUCCGGAGAAUACGCCAUUUGAAAGAAUUGCUACCAAAAUGAAGAACAUUACAGAAGAUGGAAAAGUUAAGAAAAGAGUUAUUAAACCAGGUAAUGGGCCAAUGGUAGAAAAAGACUCUGUUGUAAUGAUAAAUUACAAUGCUUAUGUGGAAUACAGUGAAGAGCCCUAUGACUCUUCAUAUUUGCGAGGACGCCCAGUAAGACAAAAAAUGAAUGAAGGAAACUUCAUAGCAGGUUUAGAGGUUGGAAUAAGCACUAUGAAGAAGGGUGAAGUGGCGCAGUUUUUAAUUCAUCCGGAUUAUGGAUAUGGCAAGCUAGGAUGUCCUCCACGAAUACCACCAGAGGCUGAGCUUCUAAUACAAGUUGAGUUACUGCGUAUCACAGAUCCAAGUUCACUUGAAACAGUUGUUCAGAGUGAAGGAAGUGAAAAACCUACAUUUGAUCAAAUAAUAAAGAAAGCUGAAAGCUUGCACAUUAUGGGAAACGAUUUGUACAAAAAAAACACUGUGAGUGCAGCAAUAUCAAAAUAUCGAAAGGCAUCGUCAAUUCUUAACAGCAUGAAUUUGGCUAAUGAAGAAGAACAAAAGAAACAGCAGAAGCUACUUUGCAAAUUGCAUAUAAAUUCAGCAAUAUGUUACAACAGGAUCAAUAACUAUAGAAUGGCAUGUGUUACUUGCCGACUGGCUCUUGAUAUUCAGCCAAGGAAUGCCAAAGCACUUUUCAACUAUGGGCGAGCAUUGAUUGGCUUAGGAGAUUACAACCAAGCAAAAUCUUUCUUAACGAGAGCACAGAGGGAAGAAAGAAAUAACAGAGAAAUCAAUGAAGAACUGGAAAAGCUGGACAAGAAGAUGAGGGCUUACAAGAAUGAUAUGUCUGCCAUAUCCAAGAGGAUGUUCAGCAUGGAGCUGUCACAAAAAGAUAAUAAACCUGAGGGCAAAGAAAACUACAGUAUUUCUGCAUUUGCAAACGAUGUGAAAAAAUGGCUUGAUUCAUUUGUUAAACAGCCAAAUGUUCAAACUCUGCCAUUGCCAAGUGGCAUGACACAUGAAGAGGUGGCAGCAUUCAAAACAGAAGCAGAAAAGCGUGGGCUUCAGUGGCAAGUGUCAUUCACCAAAGGGCAACGGCAAAUUUAUGUUGUGAAACCUCCUCCUCAGUGAUUCCCAUAUCCGGCGAUUGGCCUUGCUUGGAAAUGAAAUUAAAGACUGUUACUAUUAGCUUACAAACACUGAAAUAGAUGGACUGUAAAGUACAAGAUUUCUCUUUAGUUUUGUUCAGUGGGUUCAGUGUUGCAGUAUGCACUCUGAAAAAGAAUUGUAAUGUUCACGGAGAAUGUAACUUAUUUUGUAUCUCCUUUAUUUGAUUUAUAAUUUGUAUGCAAGCAGCAAUUCUGAAUAUCUAUGGUUUUUUUUUAUCUACUUCAUCUGUGGACAACAGAGGUUUUGGUGUCAUACUCAGAGGUUCAAAAUAACUGUUCAAAGUUUCCAUCUCCCCAUGUUACUGUUGAUUUAUUUUUAAAUCAAUAUUCUUGGAAUAGAUUUUCAUGUUAAAUUGUUUUUGUAGCUGCUAUUCAGAGAAUCAUUUUUUACUGAAAAUGUAGUUUGUGCAGUUUUUCAUGCUAGCUCGGCACUCUAGUCAUCCAUCAACAAACGUGUGGAGAUUAUGGCAUACUCUACACGUGUCAGCAGAUACCAACCUUUGUGGUCAACCAUCAUUUCAGCAGAUGAGUAGACCCUGUGCCAUUGUUCAUUCUUUUUAUUUUUAAUCAAGGUAUUUUGUGAAAACAUAAUUGCUAUGUAGAAAUAUAUGAGAUUAUUUUCUGCUGCUAUUUUAAAAAGCAGUUUAAGCUUCAGUUAUAUGAAAUAUUUAAAAAUUCAUUGUUUGUAAUGUCAUUGCAGUACUUGGUAACACUGCAUGGGGAAGCUGGAGAUUACCUUUUGUCUUUUUUUUUUUUAAAUUGGUCAAGAAACAUUUGUUCACAAUAUCAGUGAAGAUAUUAGUUAUGUUCAUGAAGAAUCUAGUCUUUCUCAUCAUUUGUGGGUUUUUAUAUGUUUAAAUAUUGAUCUGCACACAUUUGUUUUCCUCUGGUCAUUAUUACACUAUUUAUAGUAAUGGCCUUCAGUGUGAUGCUCAUUCCAACUUAAUGGCAUAUACUUCCUAACGGGAGAUCCAACUAGUACCACCAAAACACUUUCAUUGGUGACUCAGGUGUCCUAUGCAAGAGCCCACUAGGCAUAUUGAUGGACUGUAAAGUACAAGAUUUCUCUUUAGUUUUGUUCAGUGGGUUCAGUGUUGCAGUAUGCACUCUGAAAAAGGAUUGUAAUGUUCACGGAGAAUGUAACUUAUUUUGUAUCUCCUUUAUUUGAUUUAUAAUUUGUAUGCAAGCAGCAAUUCUGAGUAUCUAUGUUUUUUUUUUUUUAAUCUACUUCAUCUGUGGACAACAGAGGUUUUGGUGUCAUACUCAGAGGUUCAAAAUAACUGUUCAAAGUUUCCAUCUCCCCGUGUUACUGUUGAUUUAUUUUUGAAUCAAUAUUCUUGGAAUAGAUUUUCAUGUUGUUUGCGAGAUAGAAUUUUCUCAACAAGAGUGGAUUUGCCUAUAUUUGUGUCACCAUAUAAAUAUAGUUGUUUCUUACGAACCAUUUUGGACCGAAAGGCCUCAUUGUACCAACGGACCACGCGGCCCGCCCAGCCAUUAUACUUCAGGUGACACUCGGUAAGAGCACGAACCACAAACUUCUUAGCCUGAAAUGAUUCGAAGUAUAUUUCAAUAAAUCUAAUGCGAGACCAAUUGUUCACAAGAAAUGAAUCUGUAUAAUCAAUAUAUUCAGUACGUUCCGCCCAUCGACGAAGACGAACAUUAAACGACAGCGCCGAGUCAUUGCAAUUUGAAAUUGGUUCCGGAUCUGAUUUAGUAAUAUAUAUCAAAGCAUUUUUUCUACUACGACAUUUUUGUACGUCAAAAACACCAUUUAUACUGCCAAACAUAAAUUCCAGACCGGAUCUAACAUCUGCCAAUAGUUUCGCUUCACCUAACUUUGUAUCACCCUGAAAGAGGGGUUCGUCAUAGGUGCUUGUCUACAUGCUUGUUUCAAAACUAAGUCGUUGAGCAGCCAAGUACUGUCGUGGAACUUGUUGCUGUCUUUGACAAGUUUCCAGAAUGUGCUGCAGUCUUCAUUGAGCCCCUUUCAUUUGUUGCAGUCUAUAUAAAAGUUUUCAUAUUGUGCUUGAUGCACUCUUUCAAGCACAGUGCAGAUCUUCUAGGUGGUCUCAUGGUAAGUGCUAUCUUAGCAGUGAGUGUAAGGGAAGAUGGGAGAGGUCCACAUGAUGCAAGUGUCCUUGUCACCACAUACACUGUUCCUUGAGGUGGCGGUGAUAUCUAGUAUCUUCAAAGUAUUCAAGACUGUCUCAUUUGUCACAUGAUCCCUCCAUGUUAUCCCUAGAAUAUUUUGUAAGAAGAGCAAAUUAAAGAUGUUGAGCUUACAUUCUUGUAUAAUCAAACAAUGGAAAAUCCAGGAUGGAAUGUAACAAUAUUAUGAGAAGGAAAGUUACUACUAACCAUAUUGCGGAGAUGCUGAGUCGCAGAUAGGCACAACAAAAAGACUCUCACAAUUAAAGCUUUCGGCCGUUGAUGCCUUCAUCAUCACCACACACACACACACACACACACACACACACACACACUUCUUGUUUAGCAUAUAAUAUCCAAGCCAUACACGGGGAUGCUCAGCACAUGUACUGGAUAGACUAGUAUUUUUGUGGGCACCAUGUGAUGGUUGUUGCCCUAUAUUCUUAUGUGGAGUGCCUUGAAUGUAUUUGCUGCUUUGCCAGUUCUUGCAUUUAUUUCAUCCUCCAGAGAGAGACCUCCAACACCAGUGAGCCAACGUAGCAGAAUUUGUCACCUACAUUCAACAAGGAACCACCCAUUUUUGUGGUAGGCAUAGCCAUGUAUCCUUGCAUCACUCUCAAGACUUCUUUACAUCCACGUAGAGAAGAGCUUGUACACAAUAGCAGAUUUGUCCAUAAACCUUUGAAAGUCAUCUUGAGUUAGUGCUACAAAUGCUGUAUCGUCUGUGAAUAAAAAGUUACAUAUAGGUAAGUCCUCACUAUAGUGGUUAGGUCGGAAUAGCAACAUCUUGUAGUUUCCCAUCAACACUGGUUUGUAUAUGUAUAUCCAGGUUUGUUUCACCAAAAGCAAGAUCGAGAAGUAGUGAGAAGAAUAUACAAACAUGGCAGGGGCUAGUAUGCAACCUUGACCAACUUCUCUUUGCACAGCAAACAGAUCAGAUGUGCUUCCAUCAAAUAUUACAGCGCCCUCUAUACCAUUGUGAAAGCCCUGUCAUCUUAAGAAGAUUUGGAGGACACAAUACGUUCACUAGUAAAAUGACUGUCAAAUGUUUUAUGUAGAUCGAUGAAAACCAUGAACAGUGGGAUCUUCUGCUCACAACACGUUUCCUGAAUUUGUUGCAAUGUGGAGAUAAUAUCAUAUCACUGAGCUUGAAACCCACGUUGAGACUCGGGAUCCAUUCUGUCUGGCAUCACAUGGAUGAAUACUUUGCUGACGAUACUCAGUAGUGAAAUUCAGCAGCAGCAAUUGUGAUCACCAUGCUCACCGUCACUUUUACUUUUGUAUAGUGUGACGAUGUUGGGAUCAUGCAUGUCCUGUGGCACAGCCCAACAUUUAAGAUUGUAGAGUGCUGGAAGGAGAGGUAUCAGUUUGAUAAGUUAUGUGUGGAUGUUUUCUUUACCAGAACAUUUCCAGCAUUUAAGCCAUGCAACCCUUUGAAGCUCCUCCUUAGUAGGUCAGGUGUCCAGGUCGUAGUAAACUGACAUUUGAGAUUUCACCUUUUGCAUUUGGGCUGAUGUUGGUCAGGGUCAAUAGAGACCACUGUAAGUAUUCCACCCAUCAUUGAAAUUGUCAAUUACAAUCUGUGAUUACUGUUCCAUGAUCUCCUUAAGUGGGGCAUUCUUGUUAGAAGUGGGUUCAGUGGCACUUUUGAUACCUAAGUGUAGCCCACCAAUGUUCCCUGCAGUGGCACACACCUGUAUAUUUGUGCAAAGUUCCUCCCAGUACCAUGUUAAUGCAAUUUCUAAGUGUUAGGCAACUUUCACGUGGCACUCAAACCCUUGCAACGUUACUCACAAUAUUUAAACAAAACAAAGGCAAUUGCUCAGUGAACUUUCAUUUAAAAUAGCCCAAAACAUAACCUGAAAUGAAAAACUGCCAAAAACUGUUUAUAUUUUUAUAAAAAUUAAGUUCGUAAGAAACAAUGUGUUUAUAUUUUACAAAUGUGUAACAUACCAUGUUUUGGUAUAUUUUUCUAAAUACAUCAAUAUAAUAAUU